AUGGUCUAUUCAUAGGAGAUGAAUUACCUUCUAAAUUACAAUAUUAUUAUAACUUAUAAACAUCAUGAAUUUGUGAUCCAGAACUAAGUAACACGAAUUUUUAUUUUUUCAGCCAAAUAAUUACCAUUUGUAUACAAAAACUACAGUGUUUCCUAUCUAAAAUUUCAUUGGCUAAAAAAUAAACAAGUUUUAUUAUAUCAAUAUUUUUAUGUUUCUAUUUGUAUAAUCUUCUUCUCUUCAUUAAUUAUUUUAACAAUAUUUUCUAUAUAUAAUGAAUUAGUAUUUACUUUUUCCUAAUGAUACUUUUAAUUUAAUCUAUCAAUUUAGUAAAUACGCGCAUAAUAAUGGAGAAACUGUUUUAGUUCAUUUAAUAAGAGGAUGAACUCGUUCUUUUUGUGCCCUUGCUACCUAUUGAAUAAGAAAUAUAAGUGGAAAUUUUAUAAAACUUUUAAGUUUCUUAACUCUAGAAGACCAGAUCUUGUAAUUAAAGCCAAUCUAUAUCAUUAAUUAAUCCAAAUUAAAUAAAAAUAUCGAAGAUGGGUCUAUCAAGUACAUGCCGACCAGAAAAAACUAGAUUAAGAUGA